AUGGAGAAAUCAGGUUUCCUGUUGCUUGUUGGCAUUUAUGUGAUUUUCAUGCUUAGCUUGAGCCUUUCCUCUGGUGCUGUAGAGGAAGAUAGAAAGGUUUACAUUGCAUACUUGGGAUCACUUCCUGGAGGAGAAUACUUUCCAUCAUCUCACCAUUCCAGUAUGCUUCAAGCAGUUUUUAAACAGAGCUCUGUGGCAAAUUACUUAAUCAGAAGUUACAGUAGGAGCUUCAAUGGAUUUGCUGCGAAGCUCAGUGAUGAAGAGGCAAAGAAACUUGCAAGCAUGAAAGGAGUGGUUUCUGUUUUUCCAAGUAAAGUUUAUUACCUUCAAACAACAAGAUCGUGGGAUUUCAUGGGAUUCAAUGAGACUGUUAAACGUAAUCUUACUGUUGAAAGCGAUGUCAUUGUUGGUGUUAUUGAUAGUGGUAUCUGGCCUGAGUCAGAAAGCUUCAGUGAUGAAGGCUUUGGUCCUCCUCCCAAAAAGUGGAAGGGUUCUUGUAAGGGUGGCCAAAACUUUACUUGUAACAAUAAGCUUGUCGGAGCUCAAGUUUACGGCCAAGACUCUGCCAGGGAUACAGAAGGUCAUGGAACUCAUACUGCAUCCACAGCAGCUGGGAACAACGUAGAGGAUGUUAGUUUCUUUGGAUUGGCUAAAGGCACUGCGAGAGGAGGGGUUCCUUCUGCAAGGAUUGCUGCAUAUAAAGUUUGCAGUGAAGAAGGAUGUGCUUCAGCGGACAUCUUGGCAGCUUUUGAUGAUGCUAUUGCUGAUGGAGUUGACCUUAUAACAAUUUCAAUAGGAGCAGAUUCUUCAUCCGAAUUUUACCAGGACCCUAUUGCUAUUGGUGCUUUCCAUGCAGCAGAGAAAGGAAUACUUGUCAUGCAAUCUGCAGGCAAUAGUGGCACAUCAGGACCACAAUCAGUGAUAAGUGUAGCACCAUGGAAACUUACUGUAGCAGCAAGCACCAUGGAUCGCCUAUUCAUUGACAAGGUUGUUCUUGGGAAUGGGGAGACUCUAACUGGAUUUUCAAUAAAUUCUUUCAGUCUUAAUAGAACAAAGUUUCCACUAGUUUAUGGGCUACAAGCAACAUCAGAUUGCGAUGAGACCAGUGCUCGGAUCUGCGAGAUUGGUUGCCUGAACAGUAGUUUGGUAAAGAACAAGAUUGUUCUAUGCGAUGAGUUUGGGGGACAAGAGGAAGCUCAUGUUGCUGGUGCAUUAGGAUCAAUUUUGCAAACUUCAAUUGAUAAUGUUUCAUUUGUUGUCCCAUUGCCUGCUUUAGCUUUAAGCAUUGACAACUAUGAUUCAGUCAAGUCCUACCUGAGUUCCAACGAACAACCCGAAGCAGAAAUAUUAAAAAGUGAAACAAUUGAAGAUUCUGCUGCUCCUGUAGUUGCCUCGUUCUCUUCACGAGGCCCUAAUUUAAUUGUACCUGAGAUUCUAAAGCCCGAUAUAAGCGCCCCAGGAGUGGAUAUCUUGGCUGCAUAUUCACCAGCUGCUUCACCUUCAAGUAUUGCAACAGAUGAGAGGCGAGUUAAAUACAAUAUAAUUUCUGGAACCUCCAUGUCAUGCCCUCAUGUUGCUGGUGUAGCUGCUUAUGUUAAAACAUUUCACCCUGAUUGGUCUCCAUCAGCCAUCAAAUCUGCUCUCAUGACUACUGCUUUCCCCAUGGAUCCGUCCAAUAAUCCAGAUGGUGAAUUUGCUUAUGGAUCUGGACAUGUCAACCCUGUAAAAGCUAUCAAUCCUGGGCUUGUAUAUGACACUGUUAAAGGAGACAACAUAAGAUUUUUGUGCAGCAUUGGCUAUGGUGAAGGUACCAUUAGACAAAUAUCAGGAGAUAACAGCUCCUGCCCCGAAAACUCCGAAAAUUUGCUGCCAAGGGAUUUCAAUUAUCCUUCACUUACAGCUGCAGUUCCAGCAGGUGAUUCUUUCACAGUCAAUUUCCAUAGAACAGUUACAAAUGUUGGUGUAGCAAGAUCUACUUACAAUGUAGAACUCUCUUCCAACUCGAAACUUGAUGUCAAAGUUACUCCUGAAGUUCUAUCCUUCAAGUCCUUAAAGGAGAAGAAGUCUUAUAAUGUUACUGUUACCGGACAAGCUUUGGGUAAUUCAUCGAUGUUGUCAACAUCAUUGGUAUGGUCAGAUGGCACUCAUAGUGUUAGAAGUCCAAUUGUUAUUCAUACAUACGAAGGCGUUCAAAGGGUUGUGAGGAUCUCAUGA